CACACAUUCAAAUGGAGAUGUGGGAGUAUAAAUAGGAGGGUGGAAGCUGCAGAGAUCAGAUUCUCUCUAAAGAGACCCCUACAGCACAAAGAUCCAAGCAUGGCACCUUCAAUCCCAACAGCAACGACCAUCUCCCCGGAGCAUCAGAUUCUGAACCACAAGCUCAGAAAGCCUCUGGUGGAAAAAUUACGCAGAGAGCGAAUCAACAGCAGCAUCGAGCAGCUCAAGACUCUCCUGGGUCCAGAGUUCCUCAAACAGCAGCCAGACUCCAAGCUGGAGAAAGCUGACAUCCUGGAGAUGACAGUCUGCUUCCUGAGACGACUGCAGAAAGAAAGAAAGCAUCCAGAUGUGAACUCAGUGGCUGUUGAUCAAGGCUAUUCCACAUGUGUUGAAGAGGCUGUGCACUUCCUAUCUAAAGAUGAUCUGAAGACACAGUCCCAGAGAUGUCUGCUGAACCACUUCAACAAUCUACAGUCUUCCUCUGAGGAAAACUUGAGAGAAGCAUCUCUUUUGGGCUCAACAGGACAAAGUGAAAUCAGUAAAAAUAAGAAUUCAACCUGCAGCACACUCUGGAGGCCGUUUUAGAAACCUACAGACUGUUUUUCCUAUGAGAGAAAAUUAGACCACGUUGGUUCAAACAGUCUUGGAAUCAAUUCUUUUUUAAAGGAUUAUAUUUUAUUUUGUUUAUACAGAAUAUAUUAUUCAUUCUGAAUAUGUAUUUUCUGUAAUUACAUUUCCAGAGAAAAUGCCUGCAGCGUUGUCUUUAGUUCUAAAAAGAUAUAUAUAUAUUCUCAUGCAUGUUGCAUGAAUCUUCUACGCUAGCAUUAUUGAUAAUGCAGUAAUAGGAAUACUUUAAUCACUAAUUAUCUUUUGAUUAUUUGUGAUCAAGGUUCAACUAUCCUUUUUAUGGAUAAUCUUUAUGAGAGGAGCUUAACUCUAUUCAGUGUUUACAGUCUGUUCUAAGACUAGAAUAAUAAGGCUUUUAUUUUGAAAAGUUUUCUCAUUGUUCUGUAUUUUGUAAGUUUAAUUACAAAUUCUUAACAAUGAUAUCUGUUUCAAUUGGGAAACAUUUUACUUUUUCCACAAACGAUCUUGUUUUUAUAGUAAAAAGAAACAAUCUCUAAGAAAUACUACAUCUUUUUAAAAAAGAUUUAUUUUUGCCAUUUCCACAGUUUAUUUGUGAAAGCAUUAACUUAAAGAAAAACAACUUUCUUUAGUUAUAAUCAUGGUGAACGUGAUUUUAGCAUUUGCUAUGAUCUUUAUUAUGUUGAUUAGAUCAGCAAUGUUUACUCCAUAUAAAGAGUAAAUUUCCUCUGAAAUACUGUACUUUGUCUUUUAUAAAGACAGAUGUUUUUUUCUUUACUCUCUAUGAGUGCAUUAUGUCUUGUAUAACUUCUAUACAAAAUUUAGUUUUAUUGUUGUUGAUGUAUCAUCAUUGUUGGAGCUUUAACAAUGCAAAUUGCUCAUUGUGCCUUGUUUAAUAAACAAAUACUACCAGAUGAAA